UUGUAAAAAACAAGUUUUAAUAAACAAUCUAUAUCUAAAAAAUUAUAUUUAUCAUAUACUUCAAUGUUAUAAGAAAAUGAAAUACUCUUUAGUUAAUAAUACAUUUUUUUCAAAUGAGAAUAGUUUAAUCUUCAAACGGCCAAGUCAAGUUUUACACCAGAAUUUAACCCAUAUACAGCAGGUCACACAUGAAUUUUAUCGAUAAAAUUUGAAAACUGAAUUUUGUUGUUUAUUUAUGCGGUCUCCAUUGGUUAUACCAAAGGAAAAAUCAGCUAGUUAAUAUUUGUCAAUUUGACUGUCACUGGCAAGAAAAUCUUUUAUUCAAAAUAACAUUCUGUAGAAAUACACCAAGCACAGCCAUACAUAUCUAUCCAUAAAGCAAAGUAUACUGAGACACCAACUUGCUCGCAAUCUGAGGUAUAGUUUUAUACUCAAACGGAAAUACACCAAGCUAUAUAUUUCAUUUAUAUUUGUUCAUUUUUACCCUGGGUCAGUGCCGCAACUACCGGGGGUGCAGGGGGUGCAUUGCACCCCCAGCAGAGAAUUUAGAGGGCCCCAAAGGGGCCCUCUUUAAAUAAUUGAAAAAGACUUAAAAUUAUUACAUAGUAAAUUAGAAAAUAAUAUAGAUAAUAAUAUGUGUCUAAUGUCUAUACUCUAUAAAUAAAAUAUAUAUUAUGUUCUGUUGCAACAAUCAUGUUACCAGUUAAAGCAGAAUCAGUAAUAGUUUAUUUUUAAUAAACCAGGAAUAUAUCAAUUAGUUAAAAUUAUUAUAGUACCUAUUCUAGAAAUUUAAAAAUUUUUUUUUUUAAUUUGCAUAUGAUUAGUUGGUGAAUUGGAUUUAAAGUUGGAGUUUCCAACAGAUAGAGGACAUUUUCAAAAUAUCACAAUCAGUUCUAAUUUGAAAAAACAAAUUCUAUCAUAUGGUCCUUGCAAACCGUCAAUAAACUUUCCUUCGGACAUAAUUUUUAGUGAUGAAAAUGAAACUAUGAAAUCUAGCAGACACUUUUUUAUCAUUAGUUGAUACUGCUUUAUUUCAACUCGAAGAUCGUUUUAAAGGACUUAAAGUAGUAUCAAAUACUUUUAAUUUUUUAUUGCCACCAAAUAUAAUAAAAUUAAAUGAAGCAGAAAUAGUAAAAUCAUGCUAUGAUUUUAUUCAGUUUUACAAAACUGACGUAACUUCCGAUUUAACUAGUCAAGUUCUAUCUUUAAAGGAAUUUAUAAAAAACACUGAUAUGAAAACAAUUAAAGAAUUAUGUUUAUAUUUAAUAGAAAACGACCUAUCAUCUUUGUAUAGUGAAGUUGUUACAUCUUGUAUUAUAUUUUUAAGUUUACCAGUGACUGUAGCAUCGGCCGAACGGUCAUUUUCUAAACUUAAACUGAUUAAAAACUAUUUAAGAAACUCGAUAUCUCAAGACCAACUAACAAACACAAGUAUAUUAAAUAUAGAAAGAGCUCGCACUGAAGAACUUGAUGUAGAAAAAUUAAUUAUUGACUUUGCCAAUCAAAAAAGCAGAAAAAAAAAAUUUUUAAAAUUACCAUAAAAACAACGGAAACGUAGGAAUUCGUGUACUCGCAGAAAAGUUUCAAGUUGGAAAAACACAGAUCGCGGAUAUUGUUUCUAACACAGAAGAAAUUUAUAAAGCGUGGGUUGAAAAUGGAAAUGAAGAACGAAAAUUAACGAAACUAAGAAAAUGU